GACCUCUGCACGGUGUUCCCGUUCGCCGGUAUCUGUGGAGUAGAUAUCUCCCCUGGCAUUUAGCCAUUUAGCAAGGUGGACUGUUUGCAGACCGCCAAUACCUCUCCGCUCACCCUCUCUCCUCUCCCAAAACCCCAAUGGAGAGGCUUAUCUCCUCUCCCAGCUCCCUUUCUUCCGGAGCUUCAAUAUCAAAGCAUCGCUCUCUUGUUCCCGGCUCCUCUUCUUCCGCCCACCUCGCCGGCAUCUCGGCGGCUAGAUCCGGUCAGUUAUUUCUCCGCAGAUCAGGAUUCAAGCCGGUGGGUGCGGUCUUGUCUAAUUAUGAUGAACCGCAUCGCCCCCGCGUAUUUCGUUCUUUGUCCUGUAUUGGGAAUUACGCGGUUCCGGUUUUGGAAGGGAAGGUUGAGCAGAACUCGCUAGAUGCUCAGUCUGAAACAGGAAGAGAUUUGACGGGCGUGUUUCUUCGAAAGGUUGCUUCCACUGCUUUUUCCGUCUUACUUUCUGUGGUCACCGUGACCGUAAUACAGACAAUUUUGGCCCGGCCAGUUUAUGCAACAGUGCAAGCAGCCGCCCAAACUGGUAGUAAACUUUUUAGAACUGAGUUUCUUGGUAGCGCCUGGACAGGAUUUUUUGCAGGUUGCCUUCACACAUUAUCAGGCCCUGAUCAUUUGGCUGCCCUUGCUCCAUUAUCAAUUGGACGAACAAGAAUAGAGAGUGCUAUUGUCGGUGCCCUCUGGGGCUGCGGCCAUGACGCCGGGCAAGUGAUAUUUGGAUUGCUUUUCUUACUUCUUAAAGAUCGUUUACGCAUAGAGGUCAUUCGGACAUGGGGGACAAGAGUUGUUGGUAUAACCUUGCUCAUCAUAGGUGCAAUGGGAAUCAAAGAAGCUUCUGAGGUGGCAACUCCUUGUGUUGCUCAUGAAAAUGGGGACUGUGAUGUUAGCAUAGUUGAGACCUUAGAGUCUACUUCCAGUGCUAGGAAGAAGAAGAUGGGUUUUGCAACUUUUGCUACAGGCAUUGUGCAUGGCUUGCAACCAGAUGCUCUUAUGAUGAUUUUGCCAGCACUUGCUCUUCCUUCGCGGUUAGCCGGUGCGGCAUUUCUCGGUAUGUUUCUGGUUGGGACUGUUUUUGCUAUGGGUACCUACACAGUUUUUAUUGGUUCGUGUAGUCAAGCCUUGAAAGGAAGGGUUCCUAGGAUAACAGAGAAACUAACAUGGGCUGCUUCUCUUUUGGCAAUAUUUAUGGGACUUGCCAUUCUCAUAAGCCAGUUAUUUGGUUUUAGCCUGUAUUGAUUGUCUGUUUCUUCUGUUAGCAAUUUAUUACCAUCCUUUCAGAGUUACACAUUAGGAUUACUCCAUUAGAGAUCUAUGCGCAAGAAAUUUCUUUCAGGGAUCUCUUUCAAGCUGCAUUUGUAGUUUUCCAUUACCUUUUAGCAUUCAAGUACUGGAAGAAUCAUAUUCAAGCAAUAUGUUCUGGGCAAGUCAACCAGCUCUCAAAAGUUUUUAGUAGGUGAAGUUUAGUCCUCUCUGCUGAUUUACAGGCUUUUUGUUCUUUUUUUCAUGAUUUGGAAUAUUGAGCAAGUAAUUCCAGAACGGCUUCUUUUCAUAUUUGUUUUUGAUUUGAUAGAACCAGCUUUGAAUAAACCAUAAUUUAUAUGUUGAGUACUUUGCUCAGGGAUAAAUUUUUUUGUUAUUUAAAUCUGUACUGGACUGUUCAUGAAAAUGAUAUUUGUGGUUCCUUCACUGAA